AUGCUUGGAGUAGGCACCUCAGUCAACGACGACUACAAAAGCGACAUCAAGCCCGAUGCCUCCGUCGCCGCCUUCAGUGAUUCAUUCUCCAACAUCUCGUGGGCGCCCACCAUCCCGCAAGUCUUCGCCUCCACUGCCUGGAAUGGAGAAUUACGCAUAUUUGAAGUGGCUAAUACCGGCUACGGUAGCGCUAUCAUCCAGAAGAUGAGCUACAGCUUCCAGCAGCCCGCCCUCAAGUGCGCAUGGAACGACCAAAGCACGCAGAUCUACGUCGGUCUCAUGGAUGGCAGCAUCAAGGUCUUCGACAUCGGCAGUUCCCAAGCUGCAGACGUCGGCAGGCAUAGCGCCGCCAUCAGCUCACUUCACUUCGUGCCUGGCAUGAACACCAUCGUCUCCAGUGGCUACGAAAACAACAUCCAGUUCUGGCAGUUGGGAAAUCCAAACCCAGUCAUGACCUUCAACGCAUAG